UAAUUAUUCUGGUUCUAAAGAGACCUCAACGCCUCAAACAACCCAAGCCCGACCCGGCAGUGCUGCCGGUGGCAGUGCGGGUAGCCAAAGUGCUGGCAUGGUUGCCACCGGCUUCCAGGAGCCAAAUGCUGCAGCAGCUGCUGCGGCCGAAGUACGACAGUCAAUGUUGACAACAAAGAAACCAAUAACGUAUGAUCGUUUUGAAGAUUUAGUUAAAAUUGUUAACGAUUAUACGGGGACGCUGCAAUAUGGUCAUGUCAUUGUCGACAAUGAUGGUAAUGAUGAUGGCAAAAAUCCAUCACUGGGUGAAUUAAUGAAAAUGAAACCGAGUAAAAAUGCAACAAAUUUGGAAAAAUUUCAAUUGAGAAUAACCAAACAUGAAUUGUAUUCAGAAAAUGAUACAUUGGUCGAUGCUCUACUAAAGGAUAUGAUCAAAUUGCCCAUAAAGCAUGUUGUACAAAAGGAAGGCGGGACACAGCUCAAAUUAAUGAUUGAAUAUCCAAAUAAUAUUAAAGCAUUAAUGAAACCAAUGAGAUUCCCCAGGGACCAACAAACUUUACCCAAUCAUUUUUACUUCACCGACUAUGAGAGACACAAUGCUGAAAUUGCUGCAUUUCAUUUGGACAGAAUUUUAGGUUUUCGCCGUGCAAUGCCAGUGACGGGUCGUUUGUUAAACAUAACCACGGAAAUUUAUCAAGUCGCCGAUGAGAAUCUUUUAAAGACAUUCUUUGUUUCACCUUCAUCGAAUUUGUGCUUCCAUGGCAAAUGCUCCUACUAUUGUGACACAUCGCAUGCCAUUUGCGGUAACCCCGACAUGCUGGAGGGAUCGUUUGCUGCAUUUUUACCAGCUUACGAGCAGGCUGGUCGCAAGGUUUGGCGUCAUCCCUGGCGCCGUUCAUAUCAUAAACGCAGGAAGGCUCAGUGGGAAACUGAUGCUAACUAUUGUUCUAUGGUUCGUGAUAUACCACCCUAUGAUGAAGGACGACGUUUGCUUGACUUAAUGGAUAUGUCAGUGUUUGAUUUUCUGACCGGCAAUAUGGAUCGUCAUCAUUAUGAAACUUUCAAAAUAUACGGCAAUGACACUUUCACCUUACAUUUGGAUCAUGGUCGAGGUUUUGGUAAAGCAUUCCAUGAUGAUUUGACAAUAUUGGCGCCAGUGUUGCAAUGUUGUAUGCUGCGCAAAUCAACGGUUAAAAAAUUACUAGAAUUUCACAAUGGUCCCCGACCCCUCUCCGAAGUAAUGCGUGAAUCGAUGCUCGUCGAUCCGGUGAGUCCCAUCCUUUGGGAACCCCAUUUGGCUGCCUUGGAUCGACGUGUUGGCAUUAUCCUACAGGGGGUGCGUGAUUGUGUUAAGAAAAAUCCACCAGAGGAGAUGGAAGGUUCGGAGGACAAUGUUUCGUCAUAGCGUU